GCCAUUCUGCUUUCUAAUCUCUUGUUCCAGGAUUUUGGGGUCAAAGCCCUCAUGGAUUGACGACCUGGUGAAGUCACUGUUGGAAGCAUCAGGCGGGAAUGUGGUGGCAGUGGAUUGGGUGUAUGGUUCGACGGCCAAGUAUAACGAAGCCGUGGAUAACAUACCAAAGCUGAGUCAGGAAAUCGUGGACCUCAUUAAGGAAAUGAUGGUACGGAGGAAGACCUACAUCUCAGCCUCCCCUAUCUCCUCCAAAAUACCCAGAUCUCCAGCUCCCAUAGAGAGUCAGGAAGAAUAUUACUCCACAAAUAGAAAAACAACAAAGAAUGUGUAACAAAAUGAAUCAGUAUAUUAAAAUAUAAACAUGCAUGUUGACAGUCAGAGUAGAUGCUUGCUAAAAUCCUGAAGUGAGGGUAAUACUCUGUACUCUAUACAUCAACUGCGACCCGCGGAGACUGCACAGAAACCAUCUUGGUAAUUAGUUUGGUAGAUGGCGCUUUUAUAUCUUUUGAGUUUUUGAAAUGCAGAGAGACUGUUUGUUGGUUGUCAUUUCACCUAUUAACUCAUCCAUUACUCUGUAAUACCAGCAAUGACAUACUUGCACAUAACUCUUAAAGGGACACCCACUGCCCAAAUACAAAAAAACAAACAAACCACGGUUUAGUAGCUAUACCCUCAAUGAAAACAUGUAUGCAUUUAAUGAAGCAUUUUUAAUAUAUAUCUAAAAAGGCUUGUAACACAUGCAGAUCUCUUUCCUGCAGCAUUUGCAAGCCCUCCCCUCGUAACCCCGCCCAGACUUUAUGUGGUUGUCCAAUCACAGACUUCCCAUACAAUGAGAAGUCUUUGUAAGUCAGGUGCUCUUGGCAAUAUCUGCCUCUUGAGUUUAGCUCCACUGAGCUAACCAAACCAGGAAGUAACAUGACUGAUGGUUUGCUUGACAGGCAGGGGGGUGUAACCAGGCUAAUUUGUAAAAAUGCCAACUUCUACUGAAAUCUGCACUUUUUGUAAAAUGAGAGCUGACCCAUAAAGCAAGAUAAAUGUUUUAUGGGUCUGGAGCAGGCCCAGACUGGCCAUCAGGCACACCGAGCAAAUGCCCAUGGGGCCACGAUGGCCAUGGGCCAAGGCCGGCAGGGGAAGUCACAGGAUCUCCCCAGCUGGUCCAUGCAGGGCCCGCGCUAUUCGAGCGCCGGCCCCGCUGUGUUCCAUGACGGGAUGGUGGGGAGAUCAAAGAUCUUCCCCACUGGCCCAUGGUCAGUUACAUGCGGCCGCAGGUUGGGGAGGAAGGGAGGGAGACAGGAGAGGACCCGAAGGAGCUCUAUCUUGCAGCUCCGCCGGGUUCCUCUUGUGAGAUCCAGAGUGUUGCCAUGGCCAGAAGCUAGAGUUCACUCACCACUACGACCACCAGGGAUGGCAGCACUGUCCUCCUUCCCAGGCUAAAAGUAAGAAGGGAGGUGGGUAUAAUAUGUGUGUGUGUGUGUGGGGGAGGGGGGGGAUUUAUUUUUUUAUUAUUUAUUAUUAUUAUUUAUUAUAAAAAAAAACAUAUAUUGGCAUUAACUUGCCUCCCCCCACCUCUGCCAAUACAAAAUCCCUCCAAAUACGCACCUUCACACACACACUGCACAACUCUCACACCGCAUCCUCACACACACACAAACACACACGCACCCACAUACUCACAGCAGCCCACAAACACACUGCACCACACACACACAAUACUUCCAAACAUAUAUGUGUAUAUAUACUACAGGACCCCUCACAGACAUAUUGCACCCCUAAACACAUUACAUUCCAGACACACACUAGAUUGCUUACCUAACUCUGAAUCCUCUACACACUCACUAGAUCUCCUAUACACACUCUGGGUCCCCUAUGCACACACUAGAUUCCCUAAACACACACUCCAUCACCUAUAUACACACGCGCUAAAUCCCCUAUACACACACUCUACUGCACCUAGACACACAUACAUUCCACAACAUGACUGAAACCGACCUUCUUACACAAUACCACACCACAAUCACGCUACACACACACACAAUCCCAUAAGCAGGCUCCAAACACAUGCACAAUACCCCUUUUCUAGCAAUCUUGGCUCCUUGCUCCCAUUUAUGGAGACACCAGAGACAAGUUUCAAGCAAACACAAUGCAAGCAUGUUAUUAAAUUUGAAAAAAGGGGUGAAGGUAAUUAGCACUCACAGAAAUAAAUAAAUGUUACCUUAUACAUAUAAAGGUGAAUCAAACUUCUGAUAACCUACAAAUAGACACAUAUAACAGACAUAGUGUAAUCUGCAUAUACAGAAAUAGUAGGAAAAGGAGAUAUGCACAUCAAACUCACAAUUUCCAGAGCCUUUUUUAAAAGUUGGCUCUAAACUUAUGGGGCAUAUCGUCUCCUCCUUGAGACACAAAGUGAUCCUCAGGAACUUGAAGGUGGUAAUAUAGCAGCAGACUCCAACAUGAAUAUUUAAAAAGUAAUGAAUUUAUUUCACCAAAUAAAAAUAUAUAAAAUACAUAAAUUAUUGCACAACGCGUUUCAACCAAUGUAGGUCUUUCUCAAGUGCAUCUAACUACACACUGAACUUGAACCUGCUUUUAUAUCAUCAGUAACAGGCUACCAAUUAAGGCAAAUAGAUUCAUAUGUAUAUAAACACCCCCCACUCCCAUAUAUGGUCAUAGCCGGAAGUGUCAAGCCCACCAAAAAGAUGGCUGCACCUCCGGCUAUAAACCAUACCCUGCCGCCCUCCCAAAACAUGACCGCUAUACCCAUGUGUCCAUAAUGUAGUUUCUUUCCAGUUUUGAACUCCGAUACGUCAUAUCCUGGAGGAACUUUGGAUCUGAGUUAUGUCUUUCCAAAAAAUGUUUGGAUACGCUAUGAUUUAAAAACCCUUUUUGAAUAUUUCUAACGUGUUCACUUAUUCGGGUUUUUAGUGGUCUCGACGUCUUACCUAUAUACUGUAGACCACAUGUACAGUUUAAAAGGUAUAUAACAUUAUUUGAGUGACACGUAAUCAUUGACUUAAUUUUAAACUUUCUUUUUGUAUUUGUAGACAUAAAUUCAAUUACAUUUUUUUCUUCAAUAUUUGUUUUUUUACAUGCAUUGCACAUCCCACAAUGAUAAAAACCUUUUUGAGUCUUUGAUCAAUUAGAUAAAAAAUUACUAUUAUUAAGGGAAGUUUUUUCAAUAAAACUAUUAGUUAAAAUUUGUUUAAAAUUCUUUGCGCCUCUGAAAACAAAUUUUGGUUUGGAACCCAAAUAUUCUAUUAUUUCGUCAUCUUGACUUAAAAUAUUCCAGUUCUUAUUAAUAAUCUUUUUAACAGUACCUAUGUUACUUGAAUAAUUAAAAAUGAAUGGAAUUUGUUGAUUGAUAUUGUCAGUAGUAGAGGUUACUCUUUUUUUUUUAUUUUUAUAUUCUAGAAGGGGAGAUCUGUCUAAAGAUGAUACUGUUUGGAUUUGAGUAUCAAGAUCUUUUACAGCAUAUCCUUUUUGAAUAAAUUGUUUUUUUAAAACUUCGGCCUGCUGGGAAAAAUCUUGUUCAUUUGUACACUUCCUACGUAAUCUUAGGAACUGUCCCCUCGGGAUAUUUUUCAGCCAAGGUUUGUGAUGACAACUGCUAAUUUCAAUAUAACUAUUAACGUCAACUUGUUUAAAAAAAAGUACGAGUGUUCAGUUGACUAUUAACAAUAAAAAUAUUUAGAUCUAAAAAGUCUAUACUGGUGUUACGCACAUUUUUAGUUAGACGGAUCCCCCAAUCAUUACAAUUGAGAAAAUUAAAAAGAUCUUCUGUCCCCUUCCAAAUUAUAAAAAUGUCGUCAAUAUAUCUUCUAUAAAGGACCAGGUUUGCACCACAGCUAUGUCCUUGGUAUAUAUACAUGCACGUUCCCAAUAUGACAUGAAAAGGUUGGCAUAGCUGGGUGCAAACCUGGUCCCCAUAGCUGUACCUCUGGUCUGCAAAUAAAAAUCUCCCUCGAACCAAAAAUAAUUGUUUUCUAAAAUCAUAUGGAUGCCAUCUAAAAUGAAGUUACACUGAGCUUCAUUAUAUUUAUUAGAUUCCUUCAAGAAAAAUUCAGUUGCCUCACACCCUUUCUCAUGUUUAAUAAUGGUGUAUAGACUGGUGACAUCACAAGUAAUGAGAAGAUAAUCGUCUUCCCAUUUAAAACUAUUAAGAAUCUUUAAUAGACUCAUUGAGUCUUGGAGGUAAGAGGGACAGUCUUUAACUAAAGGUUGCAAAUGAAAGUCUAUAUAUUGCGACAAUGGUGAUAAAAUAGAAUUUAUGCCAGAUAUUACCCCCUUACCCCCUAAUCCUGUUGUCCCUGUGAGGGUAGUUGGGGAUCUGGACAGGCUGUCCAGCAUCCCUGUAAGUCGGGCACAGAGACCACGGUCCCCUCUGCGCCAUCUGGGAGAUUGGGGUCUCCCCUUGGUAGGGUAAGCUGCCGCUGGGGAGAUAGGGUGCUGUGCUCCUCUCCCUGAAACACAGGCUGCCGCUGGAGAGGGAGACCGCCUGUCUCCACUCCCAUAACAUUGUCCUGCUGCUGGAGAGAGAGACCAACUGUCUCUGCUCCCUGUAGGACACACUGCUGCUGGGGAGGAAGGACGACACCUUCGGCUCCCUGGAAUUCGCACUGCCGCUGGGGAGGAAGGACGACACCUUCGGCUCCCUGUAACUUGCACUGCCGCUGGGGAGGAAGGACGACACCUUCGGCUCCCUGUAACUUGCACUGCCGCUGGAGACUAGGUGUCCAUAUCCUCAAUCUCCACAGUUGUCGCUCAAAGGCCAUUGCCGCACUGUUCUCAGCACUCAACUGGCGCAUUACUUGGUGGACCACCUCGUUCGAAAGGUCUGGGCCAUAGCAGACCAACCGCCUCUUUACCUCCUCAAUGUAAGCGUCGUCCUCGUAGCGACGUAUCAUGUUGAGGUGCUCUUCGCAGGGCUCUAUCCAUCCCUGCUCCAUGCUGCAGUAGUUAGGGACGCUGCACAGUGGCUAGCGUUGCCCUCAAUAACCUCUCAUACGAUACCAGUGUCUCCGAGCUGCUUCUCCUCGCACUAGGACGCCAUCCCACCGCUGCCACCGAUGUAACGGAGCUCCUUGUACUCCGACUGAGUACCCUCCGUUGACGGAUGCUCCUAGCGCUUCCUGAGGACUCCAAGCGCUGCAGCAGACACCACAACCACCACAGACUCCGCAACCGCUGUAUCUCGACUGGAGUCUCGCCGUCUUCCUUCCACCCUGGAUCACCUUCUGUCCUCCAGGACUGUGUGGGAAAGAACUCUUCCUUCCACCCUGUACGAACCUCCAGCACCCAGGACUGUGUGGUGAAGACCCCUCCUCCAAGGAGAGCGUGUCAGGAACAAGCUCUUAAAAGAGCUAAGUGACUCAAGCUCAGGGGAGCAUGCAGAGCAUAGCAAUCCCCAGUGUGAUUAUAACAGCUCCCUCCAAUAACAAGACAAGGCUACAUUUAGAGGGAUCAAGAAGAACUGUCAAAACCUUUAUUUCCCUUGGGACCAGCCAAUAGGGUCACCACAAUAACAUUGUUGUGAAACCUCAAUAAAAUCACAAACAGUCAAACCAUAUCAAGAAACACACAGUGACUUAUCACAACACAAUGGCACAUUUUUAAAGGGGUGGGGGGAGACAAUAUUUAACAGUAAAUAUCUCACCUGCCUGCAGAAUUAGCAAUAUGCAAAUCUACCCGAAUAUGCAAAUGAACCAGUCUUGCAAUUCAGGUAGUGCAUAUUGCUGUUGCUACCAACAGAGGGCACUAGACAAGCUCCAUAGCCAAACCCACCUAGUUGGUAGCAAACCUCAGCAAUACAAGAGAGCAGGCAAUACAUUACACAGUACACACACACACACUAUAAACAAUUACAUUACACACACCCUGCACCUAUAAUGGGUACAGGGUGACUAAAACAUAAGAUAAAUAAAGCAGCCUACAUAAAUAGUCUGUCUGAAGGUAGACUAGGGGCUUUAAAGCCAGAUACAUGAAAGAGUCAUAGUCACAGGGGAGGAGGCUGGCAAGUAGGCCUCUCCAGGACCAAGUGGCGAAGGGCACUUUGUCACAGUUAUAUACCUUUUAAACUGUACAUGUGGUCUACAGUAUAUAGGUAAGACGUCGAGACCACUAAAAACCCGAAUAAGUGAACACGUUAGAAAUAUUCAAAAAGGGUUUUUAAAUCAUAGCGUAUCCAAACAUUUUUUGGAAAGACAUAACUCAGAUCCAAAGUUCCUCAAUUUCCAUGCGAUAGAGAAAAUAGAAUCUCAUUGGAGAGGAGGAGAUACUGCUAAACAUUUGAGUACCCAAGAAGUUAAAUGGAUAUUCGAAAUGCACACCCUAAUACCUCAGGGUCUGAACAUCGAUUUUGAAAUAAACAGUAUUUUAUGAGUAAUUAUGUUACGAUAAAAUUUCUUUUAAUUUUAAAUUUCUAUUACAUUUUAUGGAUCUUUAUUAUAUUCAAUUUUAUUAAUAUAUAACACCAGAAUAGAAAGGGUUGUAUAUAUAUUUUUGAUGUAUUCCUUUCCCUCCUUUCUUUUCUGACACAUUGGCUAUAUAGUAUGGUAUUAUUACAAAAUACAUCACAAAGUAGCAAUAAUGCAAUAUAUGUAUAUUUGUAAAUAUUUUUAAUGAUCUUUAUGUCUUAUUAUGUUCUAUUUUUUCCUCUCCUUCUGUUUUUUAUAUAUUUGGAUACUAACACCAUGAACUAUGGGCUUUUUGCCCUAUUUCCAAACGGACUCGAUUCCUCUUCCGCCCACGUGAUCUUCCUGUUCACAUGACUCUACAUAUGUUACGGAGACGGCGUCCUGCUUUGUUUUCCCACGUGACCUGGAUCGAUGCGUCACAGGAUAUGACGUAUCGGUGUUCCGUCAGCUUGCCCACGUGACCCGGAUCGAUGCGUCACAGGAUAUGACGUAUCGGAGUUCAAAACCGGAAAGAAACUACAUUAUGGACACAUGGGUAUAGCGGUCAUGUUUUGGGAGGGCGGCAGGGUAUGGUUUAUAGCCGGAGGUGCAGCCAUCUUUUUGGUGGGCUUGACACUUCCGGCUAUGACCAUAUAUGGGAGUGGGGGGUGUUUAUACACAUAUGAAUCUAUUUGCCUUAAUUGGUAGCCUGUUACUGAUGAUAUAAAAGCAGGUUCAAGUUCAGUCUACAGUUAGAUGCACUUGAGAAAGACCUACAUUGGUUGAAACGCGUUGUGCAAUAAUUUAUGUAUUUUAUAUAUUUUUAUUUGGUGAAAUAAAUUCAUUACUUUUUAAAUAUUCAUGUUGGAGUCUGCUGCUAUAUUACCAGCUUCAAGUUCCUGAGGACUGAUUUGCCAUAUUACCAGCUUCAAGUUCCUGAGGAUCACUUUGUGUCUCAAGGAGGAGACGAUAUGCCCCAUAAGUUUAGAGCCAACUUUUAAAAAAGGCUCUGGAAAUUGUGAGUUUGAUGUGCAUAUCUCCUUUUCCUACUAUUUCUGUAUAUGCAGAUUACACUAUGUCUGUUAUAUGUGUCUAUUUGUAGGUUAUCAGAAGUUUGAUUCACCUUUAUAUGUAUAAGGUAACAUUUAUUUAUUUCUGUGAGUGCUAAUUACCUUCACCCCUUUUUUUUCAUAAUCACGUUUUAAGUGUAAUAGGUGCCACUACACUUGGGUAAUUUUUGGCUGCACCAGGUUCUAAGAAUUCUAAGCGCCGUGGUCCUUUAUUGUUUUUUGUUUAUAAUGUUAUUAAAUUUGCUUGCGCUGUGCAGAAGAAAUACAGGGCCUUUGUCUCAUGCUAGAGCUCUUCAGCAGAGCUCUGCGCAUGGUCUGCCCUGGAAGAUUGAACCAAAAUGCUCACUUUGUGAUGGGGCGUGUUUGUCAUUGGCGAUGGCAAAACACACCCUCUCUGCCCCGCCCCCUUUUCAGUGGGCUGCUGUGAUUUAAAAAAAAAAAUGCCCGGACCAAAUUUUUUUUCCCAGUCCGGCUCUGGUCUGGAGUGUCUCUUUAAAUUUGCUGUUUGCCUUCAUAUUGAUCCCCCUGGGCCCCGCACAAUUCUAAAUAAAUGUGUUAAUUCUGUAUUGAUGAAAUUUAAUAUUUGCUGAUAAUUCCACUUUAAAAUAAACUUACAGGAUAAUAAUAAAAGUAUCGAUGCAUUGUAUCUGUAAAAUAUCCUGUGUUUGGUUUCUCACUGAUUAGUGAAUGAUAUAAAGCCUGGUGUCCCAGGUAGGUUUAUUCCAGAUACGUGGCUGAUAUUUCCAUCUAUCCUAUAUUUCCAGCUACUGGGGUCCACGGAGGAUUCUAUUCACCUGAUUGGCAUUAGCCUUGGUGCCCAUGUCGCUGGGAGAGUUGGGCAGGUCUUUAGUGGUCGUCUAGGGCAAAUUACAGGUAUGGAGUAUAGCGGGGUAACUGGAUAUCUCUGCUUUAGAAAUUGAAAAAAAUGCAUUAUUAAAACUAAAACUAUUCUUAAAAAUGGCUUAAACUAUUUUAAAUAUAUAAUUUUUCUUUAUUACUUAGUGUACUAACCUGACAGUGUGACCCCCCGCUGUACUGCCCUGACAGUGUGACCCUACUGCCCUGACAGUGUGACCCUCCCCGCACUGCCCUGACAGUGUGUACUGCCCUGACAGUGUGACUCCCCCCCCCCGUACUGCCCUGACAGUGUGACUCCCCUCCUGUACUGCCCUGACAGUGUGACUCCCCUCCUGUACUGCCGUGACUGUGUGACCCCCUGUACUGCCCUGACUGUGUGACCCCCUGUACUGCCCUGACUGUGUGACCCCCUGUACUGCCCUGACAGUGUGACUCCCUGUACUGCCCUGACAGUGUGACCCCCUGUACUGCCUUGACAGUUUGUGGCUUUAUCUGAAAUGAUAUACUAUAGUUUAAUUUUAGUGUAAUUAUUGUGUACUUUAUACGGUUCAUUCUCUUCCAGGGCUGGAUCCGGCUGCAUUUAAAUUCACAAACGUUGAGAUGGACUUGAGACUAGAUCCCAGCGAUGCUGUAUUCGUAGAAGCCAUUCACACAGACACAGACAGUACGUUGGGCCAGUGUCACCCAAAAUCCAUAGAAUGUAUCCCUUUAAAUGUGGGAGAGGGGAUUGUGAUAAAUGUAUCAGAUAGCUCGGGGGGAGGGGGGCAGGGAGGGGGGACAUAGGUAGGAAUGAUGGAGAACUUAAAACAUGUUUAUAGUUAUUUUUGGUGUAAUUAGACAUUUAUCCUGGGUCUAUAAUCUUCCAUCUUGGAGAGCGAUGUUCAGAUAAUGCGAUGGGAUUGGUGAAUAUCUGUUUCGAUCCUUUAUUCUAACAGUUUCUUGUUAAUUCUUGCAGAUUUCGGGAUCCGAAUCCCUGUAGGACACGUGGAUUUCUUUAUUAACGGAGGCAGAGACCAGCCGGGCUGUCCGUCUCUGCGCAACUGUAAUUACACUCACUCCUGCACGCAAUAACAUCAUAGAUAGACGCUAGAAAUAAACCCACUCCUACCAGGACUUAAAAUGGAAACUGUGACUUCCUUGGCUUUUACAUAUGUUUGCCUAUCCCUAUAUAUAACAAAUGUAUAGUCAGAUGUGAAAAAUAACAUUAAAUGUAGAAAUCCACAUUACUUUGUCCUGUAACUGGGUGCCUCCAUCUUAGCUUCCUGUCAGUCAUUGUUAUAAGCUCCGCCCUUUACACCUGGCAGUCAGUAUAGAGAGAGCCACCUCCAUCUUAGCUCCCUGUCAAUCAUUGUUAUAAGCUCCGCCCUUUACACCUGGCAGUCAGUAUAGAGAGAGCCACCUCCAUCUUAGCUCCCUGUCAAUCAUUGUUAUAAGCUCCGCCCUUUACACCUGGCAGUCAGUAUAGAGAGAGCCGCCUCCAUCUUAGCUCCCUGUCAAUCAUUGUUAUAAGCUCCGCCCUUUACACCUGGCAGUCAGUAUAGAGAGAGCCGCCUCCAUCUUAGCUCCCUGUCAAUCAUUGUUAUAAGCUCCGCCCUUUACACCUGGCAGUCAGUAUAGAGAGAGCUACCUCCAUCUUAGCUCCCUGUCAAUCAUUGUUAUAAGCUCCGCCCUUUACACCUGGCAGUCAGUAUAGAGAGAGCCGCCUCCAUCUUAGCUCCCUGUCAAUCAUUGUUAUAAGCUCCGCCCAUUACACCUGGCAGUCAGUAUAGAGAGAGCCACCUCCAUCUUAGCUUCCUGUCAAUCAUUGUUAUAAGCUCCGCCCUUUACACCUGGCAGUCAGUAUAGAGAGAGCCACCUCCAUCUUAGCUCCCUGUCAAUCAUUGUUAUAAGCUCCGCCCUUUACACCUGGCAGUCAGUAUAGAGAGAGCCGCCUCCAUCUUAGCUCCCUGUCAAUCAUUGUUAUAAACUCCGCCCUUUACACCUGGCAGUCAGUAUAGAGAGAGCCGCCUCCAUCUUAGCUCCCUGUCAAUCAUUGUUAUAAGCUCCGCCCUUUACACCUGGCAGUCAGUAUAGAGAGAGCCAGCUCCAUCUUAGCUCCCUGUCAAUCAUUGUUAGAAGCUCCGCCCUUUACACCUGGCAGUCAGUAUAGAGAGAGCCACCUCCAUCUUAGCUCCCUGUCAAUCAUUGUUAUAAGCUCCGCCCUUUACACCUGGCAGUCAGUAUAGAGAGAGCCGCCUCCAUCUUAGCUCCCUGUCAAUCAUUGUUAUAAGCUCCGGCCUUUACACCUGGCAGUCAGUAUAGAGAGAGCCGCCUCCAUCUUAGCUCCCUGUCAAUCAUUGUUAUAAGCUCCGCCCUUUACACCUGGCAGUCAGUAUAGAGAGAGCCCCCUCCAUCUUAGCUCCCUGUCAGUCAUUGUUAUAAACUCCGCUCUUUACACCUGGCAAUCAGUAUAGAGAGAGUCGCCUCCACCUUAGCUCCCUGUCAAUCAUUGUUAUAAGCUCCGCCCUUUACACCUGGCAGUCAGUAUAGAGAGAGCCUUCUCCAUCUUAGCUCCCUGUCAAUCAUUGUUAUAAGCUCCGCCCUUUACACCUGGCAGUCAGUAUAGAGAGAGCCGCCUCCAUCUUAGCUCCAUGUCAGUCAUUGUUAUAAGCUCCGCCCUUUACACCUGGCAGUCAGUAUAGAGAGAGCCACCUCCAUCUUAGCUCCCGGUCAAUCAUCGUUAUAAGCUCCGCCUUUUACACCUGGCAGUCAGUAUAGAGAGAGCCGCCUCCAUCUUAACUCCCUGUCAAUCAUUGUUAUAAGCUUCGCCUUUUUUGAACUAGAUUGUGAUGUCAUCUGCUAAAUCUUUAACUUUGAAUGUAAAAGUAAAUAGAGCAUCUCAUGAAAAUAGUUACAACACAGGUUAUUGUUGAUGAUUUAAUCCUGUAAAUUCCAGAGAGGAGACCGUCCCCCUUUAUAGCAGUUUAAACCUUUACUCAUGUUCCUGUAAUGCCCCUUUAAAUCCUGCUUUACGAUAGAUAUAGGGAUACAUUGUCUUCAUUUUGGGGUGAUUCCCACCCAGCCCUUUUCUAAGGUCCCCCAGACACUGGUAAUUAAUAGAUACAUUGAUACAUUGAUAUAUUGUCUUCAAUGGUGAAUAAUAGAUACAUUGAUAUAUUGUCUCCAUUGGGGAUUAAUAGAUACAUUAAUAUAUUGUCUUCAAUGGUGAAUAAUAGAUACAUAGAUACAUUGUCUCCAUUGGUGAAUAAUAGAUACAUUGAUAUAUUGUCUCCAUUGGUAAUUAAUAGAUACAUUGUCUCCAUUGUCUCCAUUGGUGAUUAAUAGAUACAUUGUCUCCAUUGGUAAUUAAUAGAUACAUUGAUAUAUUGUCUCCAUUGGUAAUUAAUAGAUACAUUGAUAUAUUGUCUCCAUUGGGGAUUAAUAGAUACAUUGAUAUAUUGUCUCCAUUGGUGAAUAAUAGAUACAUUGCCUCUAUUGGUGAUUAAGAGAUACAUUGAUUUAUUGUCUCCAUUGGUGAAUAAUAGAUACAUUAAUAUAUUGUCUCCAUUGGUAAUUAAUAGAUACAUUGAUAUAUUGUCUCCAUUGGUAAUUAAUAGAUACAUUGAUAUAUUGUCUCCAUUGGUGAUUAAUAGAUACAUUGAUACAUUGUCUCCAUUGGUGAUUAAUAGAUACAUUGAUAUAUUGUCUCCAUUGGGGAUUAAUAGAUACAUUGAUAUAUUGUCUUCAAUGGUGAAUAAUAGAUACAUAGAUACAUUGUCUCCAUUGGUGAAUAAUAGAUACAUUGCCUCUAUUGGUGAUUAAGAGAUACAUUGAUUUAUUGUCUCCAUUGGUGAAUAAUAGACACAUUAAUAUAUUGUCUCCAUUGGUAAUUAAUAGAUACAUUGAUAUAUUGUCUUCAUUGGUGAAUAAUAGAUAUAUUAAUAUAUUGUUUCCAUUGGUGAUUGAUACAUUGUCUCCAUUGGUGAAUAAUAGAUACAUUAAUAUAUGGUCUCCAUUGGUAAUUAAUAGAUACGUAGAUACAUUGAUAUAUUGUCUCCAUUGGUAAUUAAUAGAUACAUUUAUAUAUUGUCUCCAUUGGUGAUUUAAUAGAUACAUUGAUACAUUGUCUCCAUUGGUGAAUAAUAGAUACAUUAAUAUAAUGUCUCCAUUGGUAAUUAAUAGAUACAUAGAUACAUUGAUAUAUUGUCUCCAUUGGUGAUUAAUAGAUACAUUGAUACAUUGUCUCCAUUGGUGAUUAAUAGAUACAUUGAUAUAUUGUCUCCAUUGGGGAUUAAUAGAUACAUUGAUAUAUUGUCUUCAAUGGUGAAUAAUAGAUACAUAGAUACAUUGUCUCCAUUGGUGAAUAAUAGAUACAUUGAUAUAUUGUCUCCAUUGGUAAUUAAUAGAUACAUUGUCUCCAUUGUCUCCAUUGGUGAUUAAUAGAUACAUUGUCUCCAUUGGUGAUUAAUAGAUACAUUGAUACAUUGUCUCCAUUGGUAAUUAAUAGAUACAUUGAUAUAUUGUCUCCAUUAGGGAUUAAUAGAUACAUAGAUACAUUGUCUCCAUUGGUGAAUAAUAGAUACAUUGAUAUAUUGUCUCCAUUGGUAAUUAAUAGAUACAUUGUCUCCAUUGUCUCCAUUGGUGAUUAAUAGAUACAUUGUCUCCAUUGGUGAUUAAUAGAUACAUUGAUACAUUGUCUCCAUUGGUAAUUAAUAGAUACAUUGAUAUAUUGUCUCCAUUAGGGAUUAAUAGAUACAUGAUACAUUGUCUCCAUUGGUGAAUAAUAGAUACAUUGCCUCUAUUGGUGAUUAAGAGAUACAUUGAUUUAUUGUCUCCAUUGGUGAAUAAUAGACACAUUAAUAUAUUGUCUCCAUUGGUAAUUAAUAGAUACAUUGAUAUAUUGUCUUCAUUGGUGAAUAAUAGAUAUAUUAAUAUAUUGUUUCCAUUGGUGAUUGAUACAUUGUCUCCAUUGGUGAAUAAUAGAUACAUUAAUAUAUGGUCUCCAUUGGUAAUUAAUAGAUACGUAGAUACAUUGAUAUAUUGUCUCCAUUGGUAAUUAAUAGAUACAUUUAUAUAUUGUCUCCAUUGGUGAUUUAAUAGAUACAUUGAUACAUUGUCUCCAUUGGUGAAUAAUAGAUACAUUAAUAUAAUGUCUCCAUUGGUAAUUAAUAGAUACAUAGAUACAUUGAUAUAUUGUCUCCAUUGGUGAUUAAUAGAUACAUUGAUAUAUUGUCUCCAUUGGUGAUUAAUAGAUACAUUGAUACAUUGUCUCCAUUGGUGAUUAAUAGAUACAUUGAUAUAUUGUCUCCAUUGGUAAUUAAUAGAUACAUUGAUACAUUGUCUCCAUUGGUGAAUAAUAGAUAAAUUAAUAUAUUGUCUCCAUUGGUGAUUAAUAGAUACAUUGAUAUAUUGUCUCCAUUGGUAAUUAAUAGAUACAUUGAUACACUGUCUUCAUUGGUGAAUAAUAGAUACAUUAAUAUAUUGUCUCCAUUGGUAAUUAAUAGAUACAUUGUCUCCAUUGGUGAUUAAUAGAUACAUUGAUAUAUUGUCUUUAUUGGUGAUUAAUAGAUAAAUUGAUAUAUUGUCUCCAUUGGUAAUUAAUAGAUACAUUGAUAUAUUGUUUCCAUUGGUGAUUGAUAGAUACAUUGUCUCUAUUGGUGAUUAAGAUAUACAUUGAUAUAUUGUCUCCAUUGGUAAUUAAUAGAUACAUAGAUACAUUGAUAUAUUGUCUUCAAUGGUGAAUAAUAGAUACAUAGAUACAUUGUCUCCAUUGGUGAUUAAUAGAUACAUUGAUAUAUUGUCUUUAUUGGUGAAUAAUAGAUACAUUAAUAUAUUGUCUCCAUUGGUAAUUAAUUGAUACAAUGUCUUCACUUGUGAUUAAGCUGUUGGUCCUUUCUGUGACGGAUGUGACACUGGGUUUUCUCUCUCUUGCAGUGUAUAAAUACAUGAUCUGUGACCACAUGCGCUCGGUCAGUAUUUACACCAACGCUCUAUUCGGGAUCUGUUCCUACGCUGGAUUUCACUGCGCUACUUACCAGGAUUUCCGUGAUGGGAAGUGCGUUCAUUGUCUGGACCCCACUCUGCCCUCCUGCCCACAAAUAGGUACACCGUUUAAAUCAUGCACCAUUAUUCAAAGUAAACGUUAUUAUAAUUAUUAUUAUAAUUAUUAUUUAGCAAAUUGAAAAAGUGUAAGGAAAUGUUUAAUAUUUUUCUAAUAAAGGGCCGAGAAAUAUUUUUGGGACUUUCUAAUUAAAGUGGCCUAUUGCAGGAAAAGCACGCUGGUAAUAUUGCGGUAUCAAAAACUACUCGCAGGCAUCAACCAGUCCUUCCACUGCGCGUUUAUAUACCGCCAUACCACAACCACUGCGUUUAUAUACAGCCAUACCGCAACCACUGCGCAUUUAUUAUACAUCAAUACCACAACCACUGCGCGUUUAUUAUACAGCCAUACCGCAGCCACUACCUGUUUAUAUACAGCCAUACCGCAGCCACUACCUGUUUAUAUACAGCCAUACCGCAACAACUGCGCAUUUAUUAUACAUCAAUACCACAACCACUGCGUGUUUAUUAUACAGCCAUACCGCAGCCACUACCUGUUUAUAUACAGCCAUACCGCAGCCACUACCUGUUUAUAUAAGGCCAUACCGCAGCCACUACCUGUUUAUAUACAGCCAUACCGCAGCCACUACCUGUUUAUAUACAGCAGCUGCUAUAGGUUUAUACAGAGCAAACAAUGGCCACUAUCUCUUUGCUGCAUUAACUGUACAAUUAUACAAUGGUAGACUGACACUUUGCCCUCCCUUUACAAAGGAGCCAAAUAGAGAGACUAAUUCAGUGACCUUUUCUUAGAAUUAGCUCCGUGUCCCAUUCUACAUGUAGAAUACAUUUUGAGAAACCCCUUUUCCUAGUUCAGAGUCAGAGGGUCCCCAACACCCUGCGUGGGGAAUUUCCACUACCAUAAACACAUUGUGAUCUGAUACCUGGCCUCCGGGGAUUAUAAGGCAAAAAGCAACAAUAAGCUAGCCGAGGUACAUAAAUUCAAAUCUUUAUUAUGCAAGAGAAAAAAGUAAAAUGGAAAAAACAUAUCAAUCACAAAGCGGUAAUAAAAAGCAUACAUUGUAUUCAAAGCUGCCCGCUGCCCUGUAUGCUCAGAAAAAAUAUUAUCUGUUAGACCCUGAGAUAAUACAAAAUAUACAUGUAAAUAUAAGGCCGGCAGUAAGUGAGCUGAGCAUGGACUGACCUGUACUAUAAUCAUUGUUGCUGCCUAAGAGUAGUGGGAGUUUGAGUGGACUUGUUUUUGUGUGUUUAUAUUUGACUUUGUUUUUGUAUCACUCACCCCAUGUGUUCUUUAAUCUUUAUUAAGGGUUAAUAAGUGUGUAGGGGAUUAGAAAAAUCCCCCUCACUGUCUCAUUAGCGAAAUUGUUAGUGUAGGACCCAUCUAAGUGGUUUGCCUAUGUUGGCAGGGGAGCUUACCCUUGUAACGGCAGCAUUGCUAAAAAAAUAAACCUCUGUUAUUUAAAUGUACAUAGGGAUUUGGUAACUUUAUUCAUUUGUGUCACUGUAUUCUAUUGCUGUGAUUGCUGAUUCUAUACUUUCUUUUUUUUUUUUUUUUUUAUAUCCGGUGUCAUUUGUCAGCCGGACGGGGGCCGGUAAUAAGGCAGAACACUACGAUGGUACCAAUGGCUUUCAUGAUGACCACAAGCAAUGAGCCGUACUGCGGUGAGUGAUGGGAGAUGGAAGGUCCAUCAAUGAUGUAUGUAAAUUCAUGAUAAUAUUCAGAAGCGUAACUAGAAACCAAGGGGCCCCGGUGCGAAAAUUGCUCUGGGCCCCCCGCCCAUAUUUCUUCGCCCAACCCCUCCAUGUGUCAAACUCACCCUGCCCAGCCCCUCUGUGUUUUCAUUCACGCCUCACAGGGUGAGUGUGGCAUGGUUGAGGGGAUGAGUAUGACAGAAUUGGUGGGGUUCAUGUGAAAUGGAGCGAGUGUGACAGUGAUGAAGAAUGAUUGUGACAGUGCUAGAGAAGGUGAUUGUGAUAGAGUGAAUAUUGCAGAGUGAUGGUGAAGUAUGGCAUGGGUGAGUGACAGGAUUGGGGGAGUUAUUGUGAGUGUGGCAGGGUGAAGGGGGUGACAGUGUGUGUGUUGGGGUGACAGUUAUGCAGAUAAACAGAGAAACACACACACUGGCAUACAAACACAUACAGAUUCACUCCAAUGCAAAAUGGAACUCUGACUCCCUCCUCCUCCUCCCGCGUGGCUCUCUAUAUUGGCUGGGAAGAAGUGACCAGGGCAGUCACUUCCUCCCAACUCUGACAUCAUCAAAGGAGGCCCGGUCGCGCUGUUAAACCUGUCCCCCUGGAAAUUCCUUGCCACCAGGUGGCCCUUACAGCAUGGGCCAACAGAUAGGCCCCUUCAAUGCAGCCAGUGGAGGCCGUAGUUCCGUCUACUGCACUAAGGACGUGGUUGGGAAUUGGUCGCUGGGGAAAGGAAUCAACUCCCUGGCAUUCCCAUUGUGGCUGGGGAGGAACGGCACCCUCUCUCCCAGGCUCUCACUCUGCUCUUGGGGAGAACUGCUGCUGGCAUCCUCAUCUUGGCCAGGAUUCCGCAGUUGUGGAUCUGGGCAGGCUGUCCAGCAUUCCUGUAAGGCUGGUGCAGAGACCUCGUGUGGCAAAACUAGCCACUCAAGACUAGCCAUAUUGACUGUGUGUGUAUCCCUGUUUCUGUGAGAACCAAGUGUAUUACUGUAUGUGUCCUUCAGACGAAUGAGGGCGUUCGUAUGCUUGCAGUAUGGAAAACCCAGCUUUCCUAAUGUAGUGAAACGAAUAAACUACUGAAUGGUCGACCACACACAAGAGGUCGUGUGGCGCCCAUUAACCGAUUUGCAACAUUGUUGUUCGACUACCGACCACGCGGCGGUCGGCCAUCUUGGAUCCUUUGUUAGCCCAGCGAUGUUUUGCCGUCGAGCACCUGGAACUAAAAUCGGCUACUCGAUGGCGCGAACACCGCUGGACUUCCAGGCCGUUCAGAAGCCCCGGCCGUUCGGUAGUUUGUUCCCUUAAUACCAAUCGGUAGGUUGCAAUGUGUUAGAAAUAAUGUGUAUUUUGUGCGGCGUUAGGUUAGUUAGACUGGGAGCUGAGCGGUAUUCUCACGAACUGUGCACUCAGCCUCCAGCUAUCUACCGAACGUCCAUUCGUGUAAAUCAGGGGAAUAUUAUUAAAGUUAUGUAUUUUAAUGUGAAAUGUAAGUUCUGCUGUACGGAGGGAUAAUCCCAUUAACGGUAUAUUCCAGUGGGAGUAUCGCUCUCAUCCAGGAGUGCAUGAUGGGAGAAAUGUAUGUGUUGGUCAGUUCCCCAUGUAGUCCCCUACUGUACCACCCCUGGAAUGUCAGUAGGGAAACCCCUUGCAUGGGGAAUCCCAUAAAUACAGUGACCUGUGAUUAAAAGCUCAGUUGACUCCCAGCCUAUGCGUCGUCUAGUUCUUGGGAGGGAAGGAUUCUUAUAACGCUACCGGGAUUAUUGUAUGCUGUAUUUAUUUCCUUGGAUUAUUUUAUGCUGUUCCUGUUACCCAGCGGAGAUACUGUGGAUUAUACUACCUCUCCGCUACAAUUGGUGGCAAGCGACGGGAUUGAAACUACACAGCAAAGCAGAAACUGAAACGAAUAGAGGAGAAAGAGCAGGAAUUCGGGAGUUAACCCAUUCGGAUGAAACCGGAGCCAGGAACACGUGGAAACCCGCGAACGGCCGGUGAAUGGGAACGAAUUAUGCCCUUUUAAAACGAAGCACACUAAAAGAAUUGCUUGAAGCAAGGGGAGCAAUAGCCAGGAACAAGGCAAAGGCUAUCCUGAUUGCAGAACUUAUGGAAGGAGACAGAGCAGCAGCUGCUGCAGCAAGGAAGAACAAAAUUAAUUUGCAACAGAAUUCAGGAGCAGGAUGUCUCUAUUCCCAGAACCACCAUCUGCAGAGAUGGUCAACAGGCUCUUCGCAGAUGUGCAGGAAUACAUCAUGCUCAGAAGGGCGCAGAGGAAUCAACAAGCAGGAGAGAGAGCCACGACACUGGUCCAUAUUCUCCCAGGGAAAGUCAAGAUCCCCUACCAAGCCUUCAAAAGCUAUUCAGAGGCUGACAGCGGCGUGGAUGACUACCUGCAGGAUUUCGAAAGACUGUGUCUACUACAUGACAUCAGCGAGGCGGAUCGGGUACCCCUACUAGCAGGGAGGUUAUCCGGUCGCGCCGCAGAAGCGUACCGGGCGGUACCGGAUGAAGACAGUAGGGACUAUAACAAAGUCAAACAGGCGAUUUUAGCCCGGUACGCAAUAACUUCAGAGGCAUACCGCAUGAAGUUUCGAGAUAUUAAAAAGCCCACGAAAGACACUCCUGUAGAAUGGGCACACCAGCUACAGCGAGCUGCAAAGGGGUGGUUGGAAGCCACCCAGGUUAACACGCUGGAGGGCCUGUUCCAAUUGAUGGUCCUGGAACAAUUCUUCAACGGGAUCCCUGCCUACCUACAAAAUUGGGUAAGGGACCGAAAACUGCACACCCUGCAAGAGGCUGCCAAGCUGGCAGAUGAGUUUCAGGAUAACCGGAGGGACCAGCACACCCAGAAUCGACCAGCAUCCAACUCCGCACUGGCGAUCACCGCAGUGACCCCCGCGAUCCAGCCACGACCUGGCGUAAGCCAAACUACCUACCCCUCCAGGUACUCUGCACGGCCACCAAUUCGGUGUCACACCUGCAAUCAACAGGGGCACAUCCAGAGGGACUGUCCACGUAACAGGCCCAGCUGGAAUAAUGCAGCACCUAGUAACCGAGCCGCCGUACACUGUGUACAGACAGAACCGUAUAGGACACCAGAGGCGGCCACUCCCAUGGAAGAACAAUUAGGCACACUGCACGAGGUGAAUCCUAUCCAGGCCGCCUCUGAUAACCAGCAAGGACACCGCCAGGAGGUACAUAUGGAGGGGAGAAAGGUACAAGGACUUCGUGACUCUGGGGCUACCUUAACUUAAGUCCGGAGUCAUCUAGUACCAAAACCAAAUCUAACUGGAGACUGUGUUGCUGUACGGGUGGCAGGGGGAGCGAUUUACAAGGUACCUACAGCCAAAGUGCAAUUGAAUUGGGGAGCUGGGCACAGGAAUGUAUAUGUGGGGAUGAUACAGGAUUUGCCAGCGGAUGUGAUUUUGGGAAACGACUUGGGGGAGCUGACUUCAGCAUUUGUUCCUCAGCCCACCAUACAGGAAGCUUACCUGGUUGUGACCCGGCAACAGGCCUGCACCACUAUGAGGCUCAGGUAAGCAAUGACCCCCCCCAUGCCCACUGUCAUGCCAUGGGCGAACCCCCUAGUGGCCCUAGACCCCUCCCUACAGGUAUACAAAGACCGUAUCGAUAAAAAUCAAGCAGGAUUAGAUGGGGAAAGGUAUAUCUGGGACAAAGGACUACUGUACAGGCAUGCAGAAAAGUAGUGUCCAGAUCCAUACCUUUACUCAUUAAACAACUAAUAGUGCCUCAAAAGUAUAGGUUAGAGUUAUUACGUAUCGCCCAUGAUAUUCCCCUGUCUGGGCACUUAGGAAUCAGCCAUACGAAACACAGGCUGACCCAAAACUUCUUUUGGCCAGGUAUAUCACAGGACGUUAAGCGAUAUUGCCAGACCUGUGAUACCUGCCAAAGAGUAGGGAAGAGGGGAGACCGAUACAAAGCACGUCUCCGGUCUCUGCCCAUAAUUGAGGAGCCCUUCAGUAGGGUGGCGGUAGAUAUCAUAGGCCAGUCCGUCCGGCAAGAAAUAUGUAUUGACCGUGGUGGAUUACGCCACCAGAUACCCUGAGGCAGUAGCUUUAACCAAUGUACAUGUCGAAACGGUAGCAGAGGCCUUGAUGCGAAUAUUCGCCCGGGUAGGAUUCCCCCGGGAGAUUAUUUUGGAUAGGGGCACUCAGUUUACUGCUGAAGUAACGCAUCAGCUCUGGAAGAUAUGUGGGGUACAGCAAAUCUUGAACUCCGCUUAUCACCCCCAGUCCAAUGGGCUCUGUGAACGGUUUAACGGAACAGUUAAACAGAUGAUCCGUACGUUCAUAGAUACUCCGAAAGACUGGGAAAGAUUUCUACCCCACUUAUUGUUUGCCUAUAGGGAAGUACCCCAAGAAUCCACCGGGUUCUCUCCGUUCGAAUUGUUAUUCGGGAGGAGAGUGAGGGGCACCCUUGACUUAAUAUGGGAACACUGGGAGGGAGAAGAGACCAUUAACGGCACCCCCAUCAUACCCUAUGUGCUGGAAUUUAGGGAACGCCUGGAGAUGCAGACCCAGACCGUCAGAGACAAUCUCCAGGUAGCCCAGCAACGACAGCGCAGAUGGUAUGAUAAGGGAGCCAGGGACCGCAGCUUUCAGGCGGGGCAAAAGGUCCUUAUUCUGCGACCAGUCCACAAAGAUAAGCUGCAGGCUUCCUAACAGGGCCUAUACAAGGUGGUAGAACAGAUCUGUGAUACCACCUAUGUGAUCGGCCCGAUCACAGGCGCGGGAGGCAAACGCAUGCUCCAUGUGAACAUGCUCAAGCCAUACCACGAGCGCACCGAAGAGGUGACCGCGAUCUCUGCCCCUGCCGCUGAGGAUUUUGAUAAUCUACCUCUCCCAGAUCUCCUAGACCAGGAGAGCCAGAGCGGAGACCUGGGAGAAGUACAGUUAGGAGAGCGAUUAAACUCCCAGGAGCGAACCCAGGUACAAAAAUUAAUCCAGGAAAAGGGAGCCACGUUUUCUAAUCUACCUGGCUAUACCCACACACAAGGUAGAAACCCUAGAUCAGACCCCCCUUCACCAAACUCCUUACCGCAUACCAGAAGCCGUCAAAGUAUGCAGAAGGAGAUUGCGGAAAUGCUUCAGUUAGGGGUGAUCGAACACUCUGACAGCCCCUGUGGACCUGAGAGGAGACUAGUUACCAGUCCCAAACUCCUCCCAUGUGCCUGGGAGAUAAUUGAGUCAGGAACUGAACUAACUCAAUUAUCUGCAGACACAAAAAAUCCACAAUUCAGACAUCCCAAAAACACCUUUUAAAACACACAAAAAAAAAUGAAGUUACAUCCACUGAUAGCCCCGAUCUGGGUGACCAACAUGUCCAAAAAUAACCCAGAUCGGUUCGGGAAUUUCCUGGAAGACCUACUUUGACCAACCGCACACGUUCAAACCGUUCCAUAAAAUCAGGGCUAGCGGUCGGUCUAGUUCAGUAGUUUAAAACCGAACAUAGUCAAUAUUCUUACACUGGAGCUUGUUCCCCUUGUUCGUGGGAAUGUUUCCACCGAACAGUGUCCUCCUAAGUGUUGUACAACGAACACAGUUGAUGCUGGAUGUCCAGCGGUGUUCGGGAGUUUGUGUCCAUUUACAGUUCAAUUAACUCGACGAACAAACACUGCUGCCUGCGUUCGUGCGAACAAGAUGGCCGCUACCUCGUGGCCGUGCAUAGGAAAUGUGGCCACCCAGAGGAACACUUAGAACACUGCGGUGUAAAUUGCUACAAAGUAGCAAUUAGGCUUAACAAGCUCCUGGGUGGUCUCCAGGUUGUUCGGUUCCCUAACCAUAUAGUCCAAAUACUCGAACUGAGACUUUUACAGGGCCCAUAGUCUGUGGGUCGGAGGCUGGCAAGAAGCACCUUCAGGAGCUCGUGGCAAACUCUCGUGGGAAGGGGAGUUUGUCACAACGACAAACUGAAACGGCAGAUGGACGGAACCUGAUUCACCAGAAUAUUUUAUUUAUUUUUGACUAGACUGUUUUGACGAACUAAACACGCACAAGUCUAAUGCGCAUGAAAAUGGUGAGAAUUGGCUGAAACAAAAUUCAGUUCCUUCCUGCUUUCUACAGAAAAGCAAUAUUCACAGUAGAAUGUAUGGAGCAUAUUGUUUGAUUGCAUUGAAUGACCCAAUCUGGAGCGGCCCCUAUGGCAGCUAGUAAGAAUCAGAUGCUGGACAGAUUAUUUACAACUGUAUCUCCUUAAUACCGCAGCUCACCACAUUUUGCUGGAGUUUACAUUGGAAGAAACAGAAUAUCACAGUUUUACCAUAGAGAUCCAACUGAUCAGUAAUCGUAGCACGAGCACCACCAGAAUGUACAUGUGAGUCUCACUAUAUCUUCUAGUUUAACCCUGCUCCUAACUCCAUCUUGCACAGAUAGGAUAAUACAGAUAAUACCUACCUCUAGGUUGCUUUUAUGGGCCUCAUUUGUUGAGAUGUUUAGGCACCAAAGGCACCAUCAGAAAGACUGGCAGACACACACAUACUCUUCCCCUCUGGCAUUGAAGGUCUAACAUGUUACUUCCCUGAAACCUAAUCUCUCUUGUUGGCACCCUAUGUGAAAUUUAGCUGUCCCGGUAGGUAGACUGGCAUCAGAUUCCACAACUGGCAGAGAAGGAUGACGAUCCCACAGGGCCCAAUAUAAAUUCACGUUUGGGGCCCGUUUACUCUUUGUAUAAGAUGUUGAAUGGGGUCAAGUUUGACCAAGUAUCUUCAUGGCUCCCAAGCCAUGUCUACUCUCUUUAUCACACACUCCUUCACCCUAGUAGUUCACCCUAUGGCUUGAAGUCUAAAUGGCAUAUGGACAGAUUACUUUGCAGAGUAAAUUUCCCAAUAACCUGCUUAACAAACAUGUUUACUAUGAGUUUCUUCAUCGAUAGCCCGGACCGCUCUGAGACUGAACAUCACACACUCCCUUCACAGCUUUUGUUUGUCUAGUUUAGGCAUAGGCAACCUUUGGCACUCCACACGUUUUGGACUGCACCUUCCAUGAUGCUUUGCCAGCAUUAUGCAAAUAAGAGCAUUAUGGGGGAUGUAGUCCACAACAUCUGGAGUGCCGAAGGUUACCAAUACCUGGUCUAGUUGCUUUCUACUUUUUGUUGUUUGUUCUUUUAACUUUUUUUCCUCCUCCCUGACUUUAACUUGUUCUUUGGGCUUUAAUUCCCAAGAUCUAAAAACACAGUGCAAGGGAGAAGUGUGAUCGCCCACCAAGACCGGCUCUGCCUGAUUCAUACACUAGUUUUGCGGAUUACUAAAUCAUUGUCCAGUCUCUGGAGGAGAGCGUUGGACGUCAGUGGAACGUUGUGUAUUUCAGAGCUGCCCAGUUACAGGUAAUCUGACAUUUUAACCUGUUAUCACUCUUCGAAUGCACCAGCAUUGUAUCUACUUAAUAUUCAAAUCAGAUGUGAGUAGAUGGCAUUGUGCAUUAACUCUGAUGUGAUUCCUCUGGGCCCCUCCAGCCAGAAAGUGUCACAGGACUUGUGCUGGUACUGCUCCAUCUUAUUGAAGUGGUUAUAGUGUCUGGAGUCCCUUGACACUGUCCUUCCAUUCAGCGUUAAACUGUUUUUUGUUUUUUUUUAUGGUUUAAUGUUAAUCGAAAAUGUUUUGGGUAGUGAGGAAGUAUUAGCGAGCAGCAAUGGGCAGCUGUGAUUGGCUUAGAGUGUCUCAAAGCCCAUUGCAGGUAUGAUUUAAUACAGCUUGAAGGAAGUGUGCAAUCUGUGCAUUAGUCAUACAUCCAUUGGUGGGCCGGGCUGUGAAUGGAAGGGCACCGCCAGAGGACUCCAUACAUUCUAACCAACAGUAGUUGAUAUAGUAGUUAUGGAGCCUAUAGUAGCUCUUUAUUGAAAACAGAGUUGUUAAUUUGUGGUAGAAAUCACCUCUUCCAGUUAUCGAUGAUACAUGACUGGAUCCUUAUUGUUUUGGUGUCUCCAAACGGUCAGUGAACCCUCACAGUGAGAGACAAAGUGUACCCUGGUGUAGUUCUGCAGUGAGAUAUAAUUCAACAUGAGAUAAGGGGGAAAUUAGUAUUGUCUGGUGAUGAAGGAUUAUGGUUUCUGCUCUGCUCCGGUCCUCCUGACCCACCACCUGUUCCCUCGAUCUUAUUCCUUCACAUCUUAUUUGGCCUCUGUAUCCUUCACUUGUUCUGACCCUCACUAGAAUACUCCUCUCUCCUUCUCCUCUGGCUUAUUUCCUGCACCCUUCAAGCUUGCAACCACAACACGAAAUUUACAAAAGCCCAAACAACCCAAACUCCCCAUCCAACUACCACCACAUCGCAUUACUAACGUUUGCCUCCAAGAUCCUUGAGAGAGUUGUGUACAUAAGAUUGACCGACGUCCUUGACUCUUAAUCUCUGCUUGACCCACAUCAGUCUGGAAAUCAUACUCGUCACUCUGUUGAAACAGUCCUGACCAAAGAUCUAAUGACUUAGUUGUUGCAAAAUCCAACGGUCACUACUGUCUCCUAAUUCUCCUUCUCUCCUCUUCUACUUCUGACAUUGUUGAUUAACUUCUUCAUCUCAGGUUCUCAUCCUUCGCAACCUUGGUCUACGAGACUCUUCUCCUCUCCCAGUGCUCGGUUUCCUAUUCUGGCUCUUACUCUCCUCUGCUGCUGUCCCACUGCCUCCCUUAGUAAACUCAGAUCUCUUGGCUUCCAAUAUCAUUUCUAUGCGGAUGACACGCAAAUAUCGCUGCCCCUCUUGAUUUAUGUCUCUAACUGUCUCUCUGUGAUUUCUAAUUGGAUGGCAGCUCACUUCCUUUAACCUGUCUAAAACAGAACUUUUGGUCUUUCCUCAUUCAAACACUACAACCCUUACAUCAAGUGAAUCGCCAAACCCUCUUACUUCCAUCUCAAAGACAGUCAUAUCCAGUGUUGGGUAGGGGCAGGUGAGAGCUAAGGUGCAGGUCCAUGCUGCUCAUCUUCCGCCUUGAGUACUGCAAUCCGAUUCUCAGUGGCUGUUUUAGUCUAUAAUGAAUGCGACGGCGAGGCUCAUGUUCCUGUCCGCCCGCACCUCCCACUCUUCCCCCUCUGUCAGUCCCUACAUUGGCUUCCUGUAAGAUAUAGGACUCAAUAUAAAAUUCUGGUACUUGCUUACAAAUCUUUACAUAAUGCUGCUCCCAACUAUCUAUCCUCCCUAAUACACAAUUAUGUUCCGUUCAGGCCCCUACGUUCUGCUGAAGACCCAAGUUUGUCCUCUGUCUGUACUCCCACCUCUGACUUCUACAUUUCUCUAGGGCUGCAACUACAGUUCCUAUGGAUCUCCCUCCCUGCUCCAUUAAACUCUCACCAGUCUUCAUUCCUUCAAAGAAAUACUGAAAACUCAUUUAUGCAAAAAGGCAUAUAAAUUAAAUCCCACAUCUCCCUAACCCCAUUCUCUCCUGCAACUGUAUCCUCUAAUAAACGAAGCCUUCAUUGCAAACUAUUCUAGUAAUCUAAUUCCCCCAUGCAUGAAAUACACAUUACUGGAAGUAUUAUUGCUGUGGAGCUGUUAUACACUCAGACACAUUACUGGGAGUAUUAUUACUGUGGAGCUCUGUUAUACGCUGAGACACAUUACUGGGAGUAUUAUUGCUGUGGAGCUCUGUUAUACACUCAGACACAUUACUGGGAGUAUUAUUACUGUGGAGCUCUGUUAUACGCUGAGACACAUUACUGGGAGUAUUAUUGCUGUGGAGCUCUGUUGUACACUCAGACACACCAGCAAUAUGGAGGUCCUAGAACAGAGGGAUAUUAGGAGAGAAGAGAGGGACAUUUCUGAGUAGGGGUACACUAGACUUUUGGUCUUUCCUCAUUCAAACACUCACAUAAAGUGAAUCGCCAAACCCUGUUACUUCCAUCUCAAAGACAGUCACAUUCAGUGUUGGGUAGGUGCAUAUGAGAGCUAAGGUGAUCCGGUGGGAUCCAGGAGACUACAGUUUCCGCCUCCAGCACGUGGCCAGUCAAACUUUGGCAUUGCUGAGAGUUGCCGUGAUAAUCCUGCUGGGCUCGGGUCCAGUACAGCUCGGUGAAAUCCAAACUUUUAACGGACUGACCUUUAUUUCGACAUCACAUACAAACCCAGCCGGGGACUACAUGUUCCAUGAUGGCAUUGGGGAAUAUCUGCUUAGAGACCUUGCCUUGGAUUAGAAUACUGGACGGCAAACUUUACAUUUUAAUAUAAAACACCUUGAGUUUGUCUGAACCCGUAUACUAACAGGUGCAUUGUGGGUACUGAAACCCUAUCCAUAUAAAAGACAUAACAGGACUCCCUCCUUAUCGCAAGCAUGAUUCAUUGUAUUUUUUGGUUUAAUUAGACUGUCUUUGUCUUUUGCAGGAAUGAGAUCUGUCUGCCCGAAACUGUGAAACUAAUAGGAAACUCUCGGCAAUAUUAUGACGUUAGUAUUUACAGAAAUAAUACCUGUCUGAAUAAUUAGCAGAACUGGCAAUGUAUUAUCCAGAGAAUCUGAGGCAUACUCGCACUACAACCACUGCAGCCCGAGGGUGCAAGGAAACACUGAUGUCAUUAAAUGUGUGAAAAUAUUGUAUCCGCAGUCACAGGAUGUCCUGGAUGGAUGCAAUAUGUAACACCGCUAUACGGUUUAGUGAAUGGGCCCCUAAUUGAGCUUUGUUACUCUAAGACUAUGCAGUAAUUUUAAAAAUAUAUAUAUUUUUUUUUCAUCGAAAUUAACCAUAGAAAUAAAAAUAUUUUACCAAGUUAUUAUUUUACUGGUAAGCGUUUUUUUUAUAAAAAUUGUUUCUCAGGUCAUGACAUGGCUGUGGUUUCCAGAACGCUCUCCUUAGUUCGCUGUCCACCAUGGUUCCUGGGUUUAUGUGGGCAUGGUUAGAUGCAGUUUGUGCCCUAGCCAGCUGCACCCAUGUUCCUACAAUUUGUAAGCCCAUGUUAAGCCAUGUUUUGUUUGUGUAACCAGGAGUGGCUGUAAAAUGAAUACAGCUGCUAUAACAUGUCAGAAUGAAAUACUGAUUCAGGACAGUGGUUAGCCUAUAUCAAUAUCUGACGGUGAUCUCGACAUUAAAACACAUACAUCAG